UGUGAAUUUUACUCAGGCGCUGAGCGGGCGGGCGGCGCGGGCCUGUGGGUGAGUGAGUGUACGCAGUCAGGAGUGUGUGAGAGUGUUUAUGUGAGGGAGCCGAGGCUGAUUCUGCAGUAUGACAGGUCUGACUUGAUAUUUGGACGCCUCGUCUGAUCGCGCUGAGCUCCAGCACACCUGUUGGUGCGUCUCUGAUCUUCUUUUUGGAUCUGAUUUGAUACCUGCCCACCUCCAACCCCCCCCUCACACACACAGAGACAAUGUACUGCCUCCAGUGGUUACUUCCGGUCCUCCUGAUCCCCAAACCGCUGAACCCGGCCCUGUGGUUCAACCACUCCAUGUUCAUGGGCUUCUACCUGCUGAGCUUCCUUCUGGAGAGGAAGCCGUGCACCAUUUGUGCCUUAGUGUUCCUGGCGGCGCUGUUCCUGAUCUGCUACAGCUGCUGGGGUAACUGCUUUCUCUACCACUGCCACGACUCUCCACUGCCAGACUCAGCACACGACCCCAACAUAGUGGGCACCUAGACUCGCCAGAUCCUCCCUCCCGUAAAUCCUCCUCCGUUAAAGAUUCUCACGCAUUACUCCGGACAAUCUCUGUCUAGACUGUGAACGAAUGAAAGCCCACCAAAAAUAAUAAUGCUGGGAAGUGUUUCUGAGAGGAGGAGGAGGAAGAGAACCUCACUGCAGUCCUGCUCUAAUUUAUCACUCGAACUGCCCUCUCACUCUCACCUCACUCCCUCACGGAGAGUGAGACGUCUCACUUCUUCGGGUCGCGGGAUCCGAUACUUGCAUGGGUUGCUAUUAGGGAUGUUCUCUGUUGUGUUCAUUCUGCACAACCUUUGUUUGUUUUAAUUUCUGGAUGCUGAUCGAUUCCAAAGGGUAGAUGAUGAUGAUGAUGAUGAUGAUGAUGAUGUGUGUAAGAAGGAAAGUGAGUGUGAAUGUGUGUGAAUGAGUGAGUGUGUAUUAGUGAGAAAGUGUGUGUGGAUGUGUAUGAGUGUGUGUGUGGGUUCGGGUUUGUAUUAUUUGUUUCUGUUCACGUUCUGACGAUCAGUAUGAAUAAUAAUAAUAAAAAGGUCUGAGGUGGCUUCUUCUGAUGGUGAAUGUCUGAAUUGAGCUUGCUUGAGAUCAAGAGUGCAAAAAAAAAAAAAGAACCUAAAACACAGGAGAGUUCCACUUUUACGCAGCUCAGUUUGUUCAAAUGCUGUUGCAAAGUUUAAUUCAAUAAAGUUCAUAAUGAGCAAUGAAAAA